AUGACGGCCACGUCUGCCGAGCAGGCGUUGCAAGAAUGGCUUCGUGCUAUGGAGUUAGAUACAAAUAAGGCACCAUGGGAGACGUGGGUCCAGUAUUUUGACCAGCUCCCGCCGCAGGUUCUUCGCACUGUGGGCGAAAUGUGGACGCCGGUCGAACGUGCAGCUUGUGCGCAAAUUCGUGAACGGCGCCGGCGGUAUGCAGAGAGGAUGGCACCUGAGUCUCUGUCAGCACGAGUUCAGCGCAUCUCGCAUCCUACAUGGUGGCAGGCCUGCGUGGCCGAAUUGGAAGGCGAAGACGAAGACGACGAGGAAGACGAGGACACAGGCCAUGAUACCCCUCCACGAGCAGCAGCAGCGACGAGGAUAAGAGCGACAGCCGUGGACGAACCUAUCUUGCCAGCGGAGGCGGAUCGGUAUGAGCCACGCGAUCUUCUUUCUACGCAAGGACCGGCCGCGCAGCUGCACGCCGAGUACCAACGAGCCAUCCACCAGGAGGCGCCCGCCAUCGAACGACACAUCCCUACCCCGCUGGUGGAUGCGUUUCAGCAGCAAGUAUGGCAUGCAUUUUGCUGGGGCAAGAUCCCAGAGGUCAGCUAUGAUUGCGACUACGAUGAGCGAUGGGAUGCGCCACAUCGACGAUACAUGCAGGAAGAUGCAUGGUUCGAGGAGGACGAUAGCGAUACGGGGGCAUAG